AUGAAGACGACACAGGAUCGUCAGAAAAGCUGUGCUGAUAAGCGUAGAAGACCCUUAGAGUUUAAUGAAGAGGAUUCAGUCUUCUUGAAGAUCGCACCUAUGAAAGGUGUUAUGCGUUUUGGCAAGAAAGGAAAAUUGAGCCUACGGUAUAUAAGACCUUUCCAGAUUGUUAAACGAAUAGGGAAAGUAGCCUAUCGAUUGGCUUUAUUGCAAGAAUUAGCUGCGGUACAUGAUGUAUUCCACGUCUCUAUGUUAAAGAAGUAUGUACCCGAUUCAUCCCAUGUUAUUGAACAUGAACCGAUACAGAUUCGUGAGGACAUGACUUAUGAGGAACAACCGGUGCAAAUUCUUGCACGAGAAGAGAAGCGUCUUCGUAAUCGAACUAUUCCACUUGUAAAGAUACUGUGGAGGAAUCAAAAAGUGGAAGAAGCAACAUGGGAACGUGAAGAUGAGAUAAGAAGAAAAUACCCCCAUUUGUUCUGA